CCAGCCGGACAAAGAUCCAAGUCGAAGCCCAGAGACGAACCAGAAGCAACAGACGAAGAAGAAGACAUGAACGGCAUGCACGCUGGUAAUAUGCCCGCCGCCAUGGUUGGCCUCCCCACGCCGGCAGGGCACCAAGCCGAGCUAAACUACAUCUACGGCCUGGUUGAGGAAUUGAGUCGACAACUCGCGCAGAACCAACGGGCUUUGGAGGAGGUCGUCUCGGGUGUUGGUAAAGUGCGCGGGCGGGCAAGGUCACAGUCUCUCACAAAUGACGAACUACUCAAUGCCGCAGGCGAAGAACUCAAGAACCAAGAUGAAAACAUAGACCAACUAGUUUCAGUUCUCACCGAGGCCCUGGAAAAGGCCAAAUUCUCCCGUGACGCCAACGCCGCCCUCCUCUCACAGUACUCACAAGUUAUGUACACCAUGCUCAAGAAGUUCCACGAGUACAAAGCCAAGCACGUCCAAGACGUGGCAGCCUGGCAUCACUCAUACCGCGCCCAACUAGCUGAGGCGCGCGCCGAAAAUAGUCGACUCCGCGAGCAGAUUUGGGAGAUGCAGGCGCAUGCCGGCAAGGCCAACGAGCUUGUGCGCAAGUUCCGCGCCGAGUAUGACAAGGACGAAAAGCGAUGGGAGCGGACGGUGGAUGCCAAGGCCAUGAGGCAGGAGCUACGGUUCUGGAAGAGGAUGGCGAUGCCUGAGUUGCCGGAUGAUGAUGAAUUCUGGAGUGAUGAUGAUGAUAUUAUUGAUAGGGCUGAAAAGGAAAGGCAAAAGGAACUGCAGAAGUUGGAUGCUGAGCAACAGGCACAGGCUGCUCAGGCUGUGGCAGAGGAGGCGGCUGCGAACGAGGCUGCUGAAAGUAGUGGUUUGGGAGAGAUGAGUGGGAGUAAUGGUUCUGGCGUGAUGGGGGUACCGACGGAGGUACCACAGCCAUCUGUGUCGUGAGACUAGUAUCAGCGGCUUGUGGUGAUACCCCUUUUUUGUUGUUUGUUUGUUGAUGGUGUUACGGUACAUAGGGUGGGCGUACAGGGAAAUUGUGCAUACGAUAAAACCCAUAAGCGAUUAAUAAGGGUGCUUUAAAAGAUAUUUAUUUUUGCG